CGCAACACGACGAUCUUCAGCUUCAAGGGACCUUCCUGCCAUCCACCUAGGUCACCGUUGUCAUUAUGCGAACCCUUUUACUUGGCUCCCGAACUCGAGUUGUAAGAGCGUGGUGUCAGCAAGCGCCAUGCACAACUCUCCAAUCACGACCAAUUUCAUAUACAUCUACACCCUCCCCCCAAGACCUCGCCAAACUCUCAGCCUUUUCGGCACGGACGGGAUUCCAGUUCUCCGACAAUAAACUGCUGAACGAGGCACUCACCCACAAGUCCUUCCCAUCAGGGCCAAAGUCAGCAUUCUCCCGACUUCAAUAUCUGGGUGGAAAAGUAUUGGGACUAUAUGUUACAGAGCAUGUCUACAUGAAGUUUCCAGAGUUGCCAGCGGAGUCGGUGGAAAGCGUGGUGAAGGCUUACAUCGGCGACAAGGCCUUGGCCAGCUUGGGAAAACAUUUCGGGAUACCAACCGUGAUGCGCUGGAAGGGUAACAGCGAGGAGACUAGCCAAAUAUCUGCAAAUGGGGAAGCUCUUGUAGCGGGGAAAGUCUUGCAAGCGUUGAUCGGGGCGCUGUAUCAAGACAAGGGAGCCAAGAUUACGAGACAGUUUGUCCAUGCUCACUUCCUGUCGCGAUCAGUGGAUAUAGAGUCACACUUGAAGUUGCUCAACCCCAAGCGGCUGUUGGUACAAAUCACCAAGGCCAAAGGUCAAGUCCGACCGGUGUCACGUUUGGUAAAGGAAAGCGGUCGACAAUCUAGCUCACCUGUAUUUAUUGUGGGAAUCUACUCUGGAGUCGAGAAGAUUGGGGAGGGGCACGGCAGCUCGUUGGAAAUGGCAGAAACAAGGGCAGUAAGAGACGCUUUGCAAAAGCAUUACCUCCAAGAGGUCAAGGACAUAAAAUUGCCAUCAGACCUGGACGAAGACAGCAUCACAUUCUUCGACAAAGACGCAACAAAUGCAUGAAACUGUGGAUAGCAUAUCCAAAUAGCCAGUAUUAGACAAUUUUCCUUCCACCCUGCUACAUAACACCGAGAUGAUUAGAUGGGCUAGUAUGGGGUUACAGGUCGGACGGCCUGUGAACGGAUCGCUCCUGUGGAUGGCGCAUUCGAAUAUCAUCUGUAUUUAUCGUUUCACACGAGCGAACUGUUCCCAAAGUAUCAUCUUGCAUGUCCAUCUGAGCAGCGCCCGUAGUUACCAAACUUUUUCUUACCUCAAUCGAAUUGAGCACCACUUCUU